UCGGCGUAGCAGUUCGGACGCGUGCUCUACGACGGUCGCGGUUCACGCCUGAAAAUCUGAAACUACGUGUAAUAUUAAUUAUAAUAGUUGUGUAAAUAAAGUGUGUAGUGAUUAGUGUGAAUUGUUGUGAUUAUAAUCUCAGUGAUUUGUAUUCACAGAAAUUAUUCGUAAAUGCGAUUGACAGUUGUGAUAAUAAAAAUGUGGCAUAGAUGAUAAUUGGUGAUCAAAAUGGCGAUGGUGAUAUCUCAGACUACUAAGGCGGCAAUUGGAGGAUUUUUAGCUUUGAUGAUAUUGGGGGCUGUACUUGUUGUGGGGGCAGCAUUUGGAUGGUUCGAUCCAAAGAGGGAGGAUGAGGAUACGCCAGCGAAAAUCAGCGCGCGGCUUCAAGGCCGAACUUCAUAUGUUACGCAUCGAGCCGUGAAUCCAGAUGAAAACCGAUUACCCAUCGUAUCCCACUCUUCGCCAUUUGUUCACAAAGGACAGAAAGGCGAUAGAUUAGCCGAGGACGGAGAUUUGGGACCUUCCGGAGCGGGAAAACCGGAACGGCCUAAUACUAAUAUAUCAUCUCAAUGCAAAUGCAGCAUCAACGACAUAUCAGUAAUGCUGACGAACAUACCAAGUAUACGUGGCCCUCCAGGACCUCAGGGACCCACUGGCGCAGAUGGUACUACCGGCGCACCUGGAAAAACGGGACAAAUGGGAGAACAAGGGCCACCUGGUCCAGCAGGACCAAAAGGUGACAGAGGAGAUAGAGGUGAAUCCGGUAUGCCAGGGGUUGAAGGACAACCAGGUUCAAAAGGGGAACCUGGAUCUGAUGGUACUCCUGGUCUUCAGGGCCCAUCUGGCCCUCCUGGACCUCCUGGAUCUAUCACUCCAAUGCUAUUGGAAUCAACGGGAUUAUACGGGGCUGAUAGGAUCCCUGGCCCUCCGGGGGACAGAGGUCCGAUGGGUCUCGCAGGUCCGCCCGGCGAAAGAGGAUAUACCGGCAAUAAAGGGGAGAAAGGAUUACACGGAUCCAAAGGGGACAAAGGGGAAAGGGGUUAUACGGGAGCGCGAGGCCCACACGGCGCGAAGGGCGAGCGCGGCCAACCCGGAAAAGACGGCCUGCCCGGUCUCCCAGGCUCGCACGGCCGACCGGCGGAAAAAGGCGAGAAAGGUGUUCGAGGUCUACCUGGGCCGCCGGGGCCUUCUUUGACUGCGGUUUCUGAAAAUUCUGUUCUAGGAGAUCUUGCAAGAACAGGUCCACGAGACAUCGCUAAACUCAAGGGCGAUAAGGGAGAACGAGGCGAAAAGGGCGAAAAAGGAACGCGAGGUAUUGAAGGUCCACAAGGAUUUCCGGGUAACGAUGGAAAGGCUGGGGACCGCGGAGAUAUUGGUCCGUCAGGACUCCCUGGAGCGCAAGGUGCUACAGGAUUAACUGGGCCCAAAGGUGAUAAAGGAGAUUCUGGACCACCCGGUCCUGUUGCUAUAUCGAGAGAAGAAGCUGUUAUUAUGACCAAGGGUGAUAAAGGUGAAACAGGUCCUAGGGGAAAAAGAGGUCACCCUGGAGCUCCUGGACCAAGAGGAGCGCCGGGUCUGCCUGGACCCCCUGGCAUUCCUGGUACUAAUGGAGUAUCUGGAGACAUUGGACUACCUGGGUGGACUGGUCCACCUGGGAUCGCCGGCCCUCCGGGCACUCAGGGUCCAAAAGGUGAAAAAGGGGAGCCGGGAAUUGCUUUAGCGGACCUUGAAAAGUUGAAAGGUGAUAAGGGUGAACGUGGUUUAGAUGGAACUCCAGGUACAAAUGGGAAGGAUGGGCCCCGAGGUCCACCUGGACCUCCAGGUACCUCUUCAAACGUUCAGUACAUCCCUGUGCCGGGUCCGCCCGGACCCCCGGGACCACCAGGAACAAGUACAACAAACGAACUUCCAUUGGACACUUUGACAGAUAGCCCGGGAAUUAAUCGUCUUGAAACUACGGAAGGAAAAUCGCGUGACGCACUGCAAAUACUUCGAAAUUUAAAUAAUUUGAUGCAGUACCGACAAGGAGCAUACCAUUUUGCGGAACCUUUAGAUUCCCUCAGUGAAAGUGGUGAUUAUGACGAUGAAGAGGAUGGAAGGACUAUUAUUGGAACUGUCUUAUUCAAAACCACGGAUUCAUUAUUACGGUUAGGUGCAAAGAACCCCCGAGGCACUCUGGCAUAUUAUGUCAUUCAAGAGCAAGCACUGCUUAUUCGCGUAAACAAUGGAUGGCAAUAUGUUUCAAUGGGGUCCCUGUUGGCUGUACACAACUCACCUGGCAACGGGCCCACUCGAACGCCGCUACAGAAUAUUCUAGAAACUUCUAGUUUAGUGCAUCACAAGAGUCCCGUGGGAGAAGGCCCCGUGCUUCGUCUAGCUGCGUUGAAUGAACCUCACACGGGUGACAUGCACGGAGUAAGCAGUACCAAUUACGAGUGCCACAGACAAGCACAGAGAGCCGGCCUCGAUGGCACUUUCCGUGCUUUCAUCUCUUCAAGGGUCCAAAACAUAGAUUCAAUAGUGAGCUGGGUUGAUCGUGAAAUACCAGUUGUGAACAUACGCGGUGACGUGCUGUUCAACUCUUGGGGAGAGAUGUUCGACGGAUCCGGUGCAUUGUUUGCACAUGCACCGCGAAUUUACAGUUUUAGUGGGAAAAAUGUGUUGACUGACCCUGGCUGGACACAAAAAGCAGUAUGGCACGGCGCAAGUCCGAACGGUGAGCCAGCGAUGGAUGCCUACUGUGACGCGUGGCACAGUAGCAACCCAGAGAAGUUCGGCCUUGCCUCCUCACUGCGCUCCAAUAAAUUGCUAGAUCAAGAGACAUAUACGUGUAGUUCAAGGCUCAUCGUAUUAUGUAUCGAAGCCACGCCCGUUGACACAGCAAGAAGAAAAAAACGAUCCAAGUAUCGCACAGACAAAUUGCAUUUUCUGAAAGACAUCGAACAACGGAACGAAACUAGAAAUAUAUAGAUGUUGAAUUUUUCUUUAUUACAUUGUUGUGUUUAAGGAAAGAUGUGCUGAAAUAACAAACCUUAAAACAAAAAAAACAAAUAAAUAAAUUUUGUUUAUAUCACUUAUUAGAAUAUGAUAUAGAGGAAAGCUCGAAUUAUAAGAAUUUGGUGUAUUACUCUUUCUAUAAUCACAACAGUGAAUAUUUGUGAAGACUGUAAAUAUUUUAUAUUGUAGCAGGUACCAGCAAAUCCGGUGGAGCAUAUCGACAAUACGAAUCGCUCUUUAAUUUAUUAACACGGCCUCCGACUACAGAAAUUUUAAUUUAUUUCUGCUGUUAAUGUAAAAAUACUUUAUGUAAAAGUAAUGAUAAAAAAUCAAUUAAAAUGUAGAAGUUUUUCUAUAAUCUAAGAUAAGUGCGCUUCAUUUAUUCCAAAUUGAUUUAUAUUUCCAAUUUUGUUUGUUUGGAAAACUAUAAGUAAUGUUACAUUGAAUUUUGAAUAAGCUGUGAAUCGCUUUUCAAGUAAAACUCCACUUAAUUUAUCUUUUUCCUCAUUUCAUCUUUAGCGUUCGUUUCAUUCACUAUUUGCAACGAAAAUUCAUGUAACUUUUAAGUUAUUUUUCAGACAAUUAUUAAUUACAAGAAACUAGCAUUCGAGUUGAAAGUUUGAGACUUAUAGCUCUAGAUUUCGUGUAACUUUAAGGUCUUGUUUUGUCUCCGCGGACUCGUGUUGUUGAAAACUACUAAAUGAAUGUUCCUAAUAUAUCAAGCGAUUUAUUUUAAUGCUACAAAACGCUUUGAACUUUGCGCAUAAUUCAAUUGUUUUAUGUCUACGGUAUUCCUUAAUAAGUUUUGUGAAGAAAUUCAGGCUGUCAGAGGAAUUGUAUCAAAGCCUAUAGAGGCUUAUAGACACAGUUUGAACAUUUAUUGUUUUGUCUUAAUUAAACUGCCUUAGGCAUAAUAUUGCUUUGAAUAUGCGUGACGGGGAAUAACGCCUAAUCACAUGAUGUGGGACCCGACUCACUCUAGGCUUUUUGCUGCUUAGAGCGGAGUAUCGGGGUAUACUUAAAAACAUCGGUUAGUUCGGCUUGUAUGUAAGGAUGUGUCUUAAGUUUUUCACUGAAAUAGAAUAAAAAUGUUUAUGUUGUGUGGUCAUCGACAUCAUUACAGCAAUGAAACCUUUGUAUUUCUAUGAAAACGAACACACGUUUAACUAUAUUUCUUCCCUUGUAGUUGUCUAAUGAUACUACGUUGAAUGGUCUACAGAGAGCAUGUUCAUUUUAUUGAUGUGUGUUUCCAAACAGGAAUCCAUGAAUAAGUUCAAAACUGUCAACUUAAAAGACUUUACUCCGCAAAAUAAAAUUUAAAGUCAAUAAAUCGAAAUUGUGUUUAAACGCCAAUUCCGAUGUUAAAAUCUGUAAAUACGAUAGCUGAAGCAAAGUAAAUCUGUAGUCGGAACCGAGUUCUCCCAUUUAUAUUAUAGUCAUUGUAAAAAGGUCGCUUUAAUUAACUUUCACCUUUGAGGUGUCCUUGUAAGCAAUCGCGACUAUCAUUAUUAAGAUACCAUUAAUUAUUUAACUAAUUAAACCAAUCAUUAAAAUUGAUACGCUCUGGUAAUUGGGAUUGUUUACAUUGUAUUUAGGUAAUAAUGAAUUUUGUGGUUUCUUAUAAGAGACUUGAAAGUUAUCCAAAAUUUUCAAAUCACUUGAUUAACCGUAUCAUUGUAAAUAUAACUUAAAUUGCAUUUAUUACGAAAUAUUACCUUAAAUGUGUUAUUUUAAAAUAAUUUGUAAAAUCUUAAUUAAGAAAAUUGUUAUUAAAAGAUAGUGUGAGCAUCUUUGGUGUUGUUAUUAAAAUAAUUUUAGUUUAUUGAAUUUGAUUUAAUUGCUUUUCUGUAACUAAAUCUUUGUUAAAAUUCUAGACGUAUUAUGUAUUGUUUUCGAAAUAAAAUACAUUAUUAAA